CCCCGCCACACCCAGGGCCGCCGGCGCCGCGCGCGGGAUGGGGGUGACGGUGGAGGUGCGCCAGGUGUACAAGUACCCCUUCGAGCAGGUGGUCGCCAGCUUCCUCCGGAAGUAUCCCAACCCCAUGGAUAAAAACGUCAUCUCUGUAAAUACUGUGGAGGAAAAGAGAGAUAUAGCAACAGGAAUCAUCUACAGAAAGAGGAUUGCAAUCUGUCAGAAUGUGAUUCCAGAAAUUUUAAGGAAGGUGAGCAUCCUCAAGGUGCCCAAUAUCCAGCUAGAAGAGGAAUCGUGGCUGAAUCCUCGGGAAAGAAACAUGGCCAUCCAGAGCCAUUGCCUCACGUGGACGCAGUAUGCAUCCCUGAACGAGGAGUCUGUCUUCCGGGAAAGUGGAGACAAUCCAAAUUGGACUGAGUUCAUCCAAAGAGGCAGAAUUUCUAUCACAGGGGCCGGCUUUUUCAACUGCAUUUUGGAAACUUUUGCCAGCACAUUUUUAAGACAGGGAGCCCAGAAGGGAAUUAGAAUAAUGGAGAUGCUGCUAAAAGAACAGUGUGGUGCCCCUUUAGCGGAAUAAAGAAUUAUCAGGGACAUGUGGUUUAUCUGCUUAGGCUCAAGAAUUACUUCCCUGCCACAAACAUUAUAGACCCAGUUUUGGAAAUACGGCUCUAAGGAUAUGGUGUCAGCAGCAUAAAGGAAAGAGGGAGACCCUUAAGCCAGGACUGAAAUGAGAACCUCCUCUGCAUCGUGCCUCGAGUGUCAGCCCUCACGGACAGGAACCCUCUCGCUGGAAUUGUAUGGCCUGGUCUUUUUAUGAUUUUACAGAUAAAGGAAAAUCCCACGCAAGAUGAAGCCGCCCUUCUUCAGGAUGUCCUGCUAACUUCCCAGUGACAGUGACAGGUUGGCCAAGCCCGGACAGCCCACUGUACUCUUCAGUCACCAGCGUCGUUGCUGAUGCUGAGCGGAUUCUUUAAUUUGGUUUUGUUUUGUUUUGGGGGCCACACCGAGCAGUGCUCAGGGCUUUCUCCUGGCUCUGUGCUCAGGGAUCACUCCUGGCAGAGCUCAGGGGGGUCAUACGGGGUGCCCGGGAUCAAACUGAGUUGGACGCAUGCAGGGCAGAGUGCCCUACCCAAUUACUGUUGCUCCAAGUCCAUGCUUCAAGGGUUCUUGAGAGAACACGGAGUGGAGAGUGAGGAGCAAAAAUAGAAUCCGGCUCCUCCCAACUCCUGUGAUGCGGAUCUGACAAUUUGUGGUUUGAACUGGGCAGAUGGGCAGAUGUAGCUCAAGAACUUCCUGUCUGUGUUGUGAUGAUUAUACAAGUUCGAUAUGAAAAAAAUCACAGAUUUGGGUGUCCAACAGACAGACCUUGAUUUGAAUUUGUGUGCUGAUUCCCACCAGCUCAGUGAUCUUUUAAAUCUUUCUGAAAGGACAUACUUCUUAAUCAUUCUGAAGCUCAUUUCCCAAAGCUAUAAAAUGGGAAAUGCAAUGGAAUAUCCACUGUGAGGUUAUUGUUCUGAUUUGAGAUCAUGUGUAUAAAGUGCCUGGCAUGCAGCCGGGUGCAUUGGAGAAGUCCAGUAAAUAGAAGCCAUUAUUAUUAUGUGGAACCAUUUUGAAAAUGUGCUUUUCAAAUGUAAUAUAAGGUAGUAUUACUGUUUGAAAGUUAGAUGACAGUAGUUUGCAUUUCUCAUGAUCAGAAGCCAAGAUAUAAAUGAGCACUGCUAAGAGACUGAAGAAUAUUUGAAUUCAUCGUAAGAUAAAAUUUGGGCCAUUAUUGGAAAGUGUUAGGAAAAUUGUUGUUUUUUAAUAUUAAAAAUUUUCCACUUAUUCCAUUGAUGAAUUUCAAAGCAGUCAUAUAUUUUAAAAACAAGCCUACUUCAGUGAACCUUUUAUGUAGUUGAGCUGUUUAUGCUGCCUGAAUUUUGUCUCAGGAUAAUUUCCCUUCAUUUCUUUAGCAUUUCAUUUUGUACCUGUGUUGGAAGGAAAAUGAAUGUAGAAACCAGAACACACUUGGACCUCCUUUUCCACCUUCUGAGUGGCAUUUGGUAGCCCUGUGAAGAAGGGCCAACUUCCAAAAGCAAGUGGUGCAUGAAUUAUGGACGUGAGAGGCAAGAAAUUGGUAUUUGGAGGAUGUUAGUGCUAUAUUUUGUACUCAACAAUUUGCAUCCUAUAUUGGCAGGAGUUCUUAACCCUGACUGCCCAUUAGGACCAACUGGGGCGCAAUCCGGAUGCCCAGGUUACAUCUCAGGCCAGUAUUUUGAACAUCUGGGAGUGGAACCCAGAAAGUCACAUUUCCAAAGGUGAAAGUCAGAUUGCACAUUUCCCCACAUUUCCUUAGAUGAUUCCAAAAGGGAGCUAAGAAGGAGACCACCAAAUUCUAAAUGAUCUGCAGACAUCAUCUUAUUUAUUCUUUUAAAAAUGUUUUUGUUUGGGGGGUCAUACCCAGUGGGGUGCUGGUACUAUUCCUUGUUCUGUGCCCAGGGAUCACUCCUGGUGGGGCUCAGAGGACCAUAUGGGUCUCUAGGGACCAAACUCAGGUCGGCCUCCGGCCUUAUCCACUGGACUCUCUUCAGCCCCUGUCUGAAUUCUUUCUUGACACCUUUGUGUUAAGAGAGGAUUUUUUGUGGCAAUAUUUGCAUGUGAUAGAAAGUGGAACCCAUAGAAGUAUCUGGAGUGACUGGCACAAAUGUCCACAGAAGCCUGGCAGAGCUGGGGGCCAUUAUCAUAAGAGGAAGGCAGUGGUGCCCAGUUUCUGCCCAGCACUGCCAUGUGGCUGUUGUUUUUUUUUAAAAAAUUCUAAUUUGCAAUUUUCCAGGAAAAUAAGGAACUAAAAAGGAGAGACAUUCACCAAUCUUUUCAUGUUGGCAAUGAAUUUAUAAUUGCUUAAAACAUUGUGCUGGCCAAACAAAACAUAUUUGCCAGUAGUUCUCAGCCUUCUCAGAGCUAAGCACCAGCCUAACACAUCCCGGCCAAUUUUUAAUCGAUUUUCAUUUUCCUCUUCUGAAAGUGUGUGUUCUGUCUCUCCAAGACGCUUUUCAAUGUGUUUUCCUCCAUUCCCAAGUAAUUCUCUGGACUUGCAUCAAACACUUACUCAGUAUUAGUUUUUUUUUCCCCCCUGGUGAAUACUCAUUUCUUCAAACUCUGUAGCUAAGAAAUCUUUGGCUCUUAUUGAAGAUUAACUAGGUCUUGUUAGAAUUGAUUUUUUUAUUGUCAGAGUCCUGUUCCUGUGAUAAAGCUCGGAGAUACCCCCAUUUGGCGGUAUUCUCUGAUUCACGUUCAAUGGCAGGAAUACCAGCACCAAACACUCAGCGCAGUUUGGAAAGACUGACUCUCAGAAUAGCCCGCCCAUCUCUUCCUUCCAGGGCUGCUGAAUCUCAUCUCAAAGGGUUCAUUCACUGGAGUAACCCUCCGCCUUCUACUUUGGUCAGAAAUCCUCGGAUGUGAUUCCCGGACACUUCUGGGACCCUGCCUGUAGCUCCUCAGGCUCCUUCUUCCACUCUCAUUAGUGAAUUGUCAGCUGGGAUCAGUGUUUUCAAACAAAUUCACCGGGAGAUUUGGUCUUUCUACAGACCUCACUGUGAGAAAUUCUACAUCAGGGGAGGUGCUUUUAGCUUCGGUGUCUCUCAUCACUCAAGAUGGUUUUGUAGCUAGAUGGGCCCGUCCAGGUGAUUGUCCAGGACACAGUCUAAGAUUUUAUGCAGCGAGAAGCUGACUUCAGCUAACCGUGCAUGAUUGAGGUGCUUUUAUCCUGAACGGGCUUUUACGGUUUCAAUCAUGUGGAUUUAAAAAAAGGUGCUGUUGUCUUUUUAUAAAAAUUGCUUUGCAUAUUUUAUGAGCAGUAUAUAUGUAAUAGUGCAUCAUUUAUGACACAUCGUGGGUGUGCGGUAUAGACAACUGUGAUUCGUUUAAGUGGAACACUGUUUUUGUUUUAUUUGCAUGGAACCCUUUCAUAAUGUACUUCCCCGAUUUUGCAAAUAGAACCCACUGAUGAUAAUAAAAAUCUGUCAGAGUUAUCCUAUACAUUUUCUUUAAGGUCCUCUUUAGGUUUGUUAAUGUCCCCACACAAAAUAGCCCUGAGUAACUCUGCCCUGAGUUUGGCAAUGUUUGUUUAUAGCUUUUCUCAUCUCUCCCAGUUUGUCAUUUCUCUUUGCCUGCCCCUCGGGACUUCCGCUCCCAUUUUGCUGUGUGGGAUUUGGAAAUCGUGUAACUGUUGAUUCUGUGGAAGGCUUCGAGAGGCUUUUCCAACAGUGAAAUGAAUGAAUGUGGCCACGUUGAUUUGGUGAUAUUACUGGAAGGACUCAGCUCUCUUCCUCACUUCCUUCCUUACCCUCAGCUGCGGUCAUCAGCGCCCUGGGCUCAAGGUUAAGUGAGCGCUGGCGACAAAUGACUGACCCUUGAUUUGUAAAUCGUGCCCUUCCCCCGAAUCAUGUUAAUAUUUUAUCUACCUGGUUCUAUAAUGUGAAGUGUAAGCCAGUGAAAAUUUAAAUGACUAUUUCUCAGGCCAAGUUUUUGUGCAGGAUAAAGUGUUUUUGAUUCAGUGUUAUUGUGAUUUAGACCGGUAAAUUGGUAUCUACCUAGGAAAUCCAAUCUUGCAGUCAAUUUGAAAUAAAGGCAUUGCAAUUCG